UCUGUGGACAGCCCAGGGACUGACCUAUUGGUGAGCAGCUCACACAACGGCCCACUAACCAGUGGUACAGACACCCAGGACAGCAGUCCCCAGCCCUCUGAGGAGAUGCUGUCCAGCCAGUCAGAGCUGCGGAGCUCCAAGUGUCCCCAGGACCGCCAGCUGCCCAGCAUCCCACCCAACAGCGCCCUGAACGGGAUGGGAUCUUCCAGCGGACCCCUUCUCCCUCCCUCUGGAGACGGCACCUACGAGGUGGUGAAGGAGAGAGGUGGCGACUUGACGGCGUCCCGGGACGUAAGCGUUGAGGACUCCCUGUACGAGACAGUCAAAGAGUUGAAGGACCAUCCAGGAGGCAUGGCUGCAGGUCUACCCAACGGACACGGUACUACGUCCCCCCUCAGCCCUGAUGACAAUGAAAUUUCCCACAACCACCUCCCACCUCCCAACAACCCUCCAGCCCUCCACAACGGCCACCUAAGCCCCGGCACCCCAGAACGGGGGCCCCUGUGCGCGGGAGUGGAGUACGCCUCAGUGAAUCUGAACAAGAAGAGCCGUUACAGUGCAGACCUGGAGACCAGGCGCUCAGCCACCAUCGCUGCUGCUGUGAACCCCACAGAGGAGCCCGAGGAGGAGGACAGACCCCCGCCUGUACCUGACAAGGUGCUGGAUGAGAACGACAACCAGCCUACCAUGAUGGACGCAGGAGCGGUGGUGGUACUGGGGGCCGCGUUACAAAACGGAGAGUUAGACUUUCCGCUGUCUACCUCACCGUGGCGAGACAACCCUGUGGUGUCAGAGAGCGAGCUGUCAGACAUGUACUCCAUGGUGGGGAAGCCAGGUCUAGAUGUGGAGGAGAAGGAGAGUGACUACAGCAGCAUUGCUGAUAUCAAGGGUCUGGUCCCGAGUAUUCCUCCAGUGAUCUCUAUGCUACCGUCAGUGACAUCUACCCCCAGCCCAGAGAGGGGGAGUCAGACCCCCAGGGACCCCCACAGAGAGCAUCGAGCCUGGCUACGAGAUCAUCCACAUCCCUAAGACUGACAGUGGAGAGGACUUGGGGCUGAACCAGGUUCAGGAGCCAGACUAUGAGAGUGUAGGUGAGCUGGCACUUGGGUUGAACAGGGAGAGCUCCCGUCUCUGACUGCCUAUGGGCCCUAAAGCCUGAGUCUCUGGGGCCUCACCCUCCACCCCAGCCAUUAACCUCACUCCUAGCCUCACCCUCAACCCCAGCCAUUAAUCUCACUCCUAGCCUCACCCUCAACCCGCCAUUAGCCUAACUCCUAGCCUCACUCUCAACCCAGCCAUUAACCUAACUCCUAGCCUCACCCUCAACCCAGCCAUUAGCCUAACCCUUAGCCUCACUCUACCCCAGCCAUUAGCCUACUCCUAGUCUACUCUCAACCCCAGCCAUUAGCUAACUCCUAGUCUCACUCUCAACCCCAGCCAUUACCUAACUCCUAGCUCACUCUCAACCCCAGCCAUUACUAACUCCUAGCCUCACCCUCAACCCCAGCCAUUAGCCUAACUCCUAGCCUCACCCUCAACCCAGCCAUUAACCUAACUCCUAGCCUCACCCU